AUGUCUCUUAAUAACACUCGCACCAAACAAAACAGUCCUACCCGGUAUUCUAAUAGAUCUCCUUGUGGUGAAAUAAGUAUAGACAGUUCUCUGAUAGAAAAAGAAUCUCCGCCUGACUACGUGACGUUCCGUAAAGGUGUAGCUGAUCAAAAUGUGUUGGAUCUACGCAAUGAAUUUCAUUCUUUCCAAGAGAAGAUAAUGGCAUCAAUGAAGGAGUUCUUCGACAAACAGAAUAAUAAAAUAACCAAGUUCAUUGAAGAUUCCGAAGACUUGAGACUUCAAUCCAAUUUAUUAAUGACAAAUACGACGAACUAA